AUGCCGCCCAAAUUUGACAUGUCAGCUUUUGGAGGGUCAGACUCGGAGGAUGAAAGUUUCCCACCAAAGCGUCAACUUGAACUGAAUGCUCUGAAAAGUAAGACGUUCAGUCAUGGUAUUACCAAGAAGACUAAAAAGGAUUUAGAGCGUGAGGCAGAAGAGAAGAAGAGGAAAGAGGAAGAAGAAGCUUUGAGAUUGGUCAAUGCAGAAUAUGAAGAAGCUUUUGAAGGGCCUAGCUCGUAUAACGCUCCAUUGGGAGGGACGAAGCAACCUAGUAGAAGACCUAUUGGUCCAGGAGGAGGGUUCGUCAAAGCUGGUGGUGCACCUAUGGAUAUGCCUUUUCAACCUCCAAGGGGUUCUGCCGGGCAUAACAUAGAGCAAUCAUAUCAACCUCCUAGAGGACCUUCUGCAAUGGGUUACGGAAGGCCCCGUCCACCACCUCAGAUGAAGGCUCCUUCCCCUCCACCUACAAGUGGCUCGAGUACAGGACCGAUGAGGAAAGGCAAAAGGGCGAUGGACUCAUUCUUGGAGGAGAUCAAAAAUAAUCAAAUUGCACAAGAAAGACGUCUAGGACAACAGGCGAAGCAGGCUGGAUCAUCCGUCGCUGCACUUGCAGCUUGGGAGUCGGAGAAAGGUAGUCACAUCGUGGGAAAUCAAGAGACUACAAACUUGUUCAUUUCCAAUUUACCGUCAAAUAUUACGGAAGAGAGUUUGGGUAUGUUCUUUGCCAAAUUGGGACCUAUAGGAACGGUGAAGAUCAUGUGGCCUCGUGGUGAUGAAGAUACAUCUGUUGGCGCUUCGAUGACAAUCACAAGACGGAGUAAACCUGGAUUAUCCGGCUUUGUAUCCUAUAUGAAACGUAAAGAUGCCGAGCGAGCUGUGAGGGAAUAUGAUGGUCUCGAUUGGGGAGGUAGUGUACUUAGAGUCGGCUGGAGUAAACCUGUUCCUAUGCCUCUGAGACCUAUAUAUGAUCUGGGAUCUGGUAGGGAAAGCAGGGACAAAAGAGGUAGAUCAGCUUCGCCCGUCAGGCACCGAGAUAGUGAUAGGCGUAAGGAUGAUAAGAGGGAUUAUGAUGAUCGAAGGAAAGGAGGUAGAUCAAGGUCUCGUUCACGAUCAAGAUCACGGUCAUAUUCACCACCCAAAUCAUCGAAAUACUCUUCUUCGAGAAAACGAUCCGCCAGAUCCCGUUCAUACUCCACUUCUUCAUCUAGAUCUCCCUCGCCUCCUCCACGUCGUAAUAAGAGUCGACGGUCUUCCUAUUCUUCCUAUUCUUCCGACUCAUAUUCGCGAUCACGAUCGCCUUCACCACGACCGCGUAAACCUUCCGCAAAAGAUAAGUGGUUAAGUGGGAUAAGCGAAGAUCAGAAAAAGUUUAUCAAGACUGUUGCUGGUAGAGUGAAAGAUAAUGGUAGAGGAUUUGAAGAGUUGUUGAGGAAAAAGGAGAAGGAAAAUCCGAAAUUCGCGUUCUUGGUGAAUGAAGAUCUUCCCGAAUAUCACUUUUACCAGUUGAGCGUGGAUUCAAGGUAUCGAAUACCCACACCACCGCCGGAUGAUUUUGCGGAUGAGGGAUAUGCCUCUUUAUACUCAUCCGACUCCGCUGAAGAAUCCGAGAAAGAGCGAGUGGUCCGGGGCAAACUGGGUAAACUCGCCAGGAAACGAUUUGAAGCUAUGUUACGUGCCAUGAGUGGUAAACGAGCAGAGAUAGCUAGAGCAAUGGAGUUCGCACUGAAGAAAGCUGAGGCCGCCGAUGAGAUCGCAGAGAUAGUGUGUCAGAGUGUAAAAUUGGAUGCUACGCCUGUACCAAGAAAGAUGGCGAGAUUGCAUUUGAUUUCGGACAUCUUACAUAACUCGGCAUCGUCCUUACCCAACGUAUGGAAGUACCGUCAAGCGUUCGAAAGUAGAUUACCACCUGUGUUUUCACACUUGUCAACUGUGUAUCAGAGUCUAUUGGCAUACUCGGGGAAGAUAAGUGCAGAUGUAUUUAGGGGCCAGGUAGCGGCUGUAUUGGAGAUCUGGGAAAGAUGGAUCGUAUUUAAUUCGGAGACUGCUGAAUACCUCAGAGGUCUGUUGGACGGUACGAAGACGCUAGCAGCGCCUAAAGGUGCUAAAGCGAUACAGGAAGAAAAAGAGAAACAAGCAAGAGCUGAAGCGAAGAAAACUGAAGAACAGGAAGAUUCCGGUAGAUUCAAGACUUCAGGAUUCAAAUCGUCUUUCAAACCUAUUUCAGCUACUGCUCCGAUCGCACCAGCAAAGAAUGGAGAUGAUCUAGAUGGAGAAGCGAUGGAAGAUGUGGAUGGUGAAGCUAUGGAGAUGGAUGAUGAUCUCGAUGGAGAGGCGAUGGAUGAAGAUUUAGAUGGAGAGGCUAUGUAA